AUGGCUUGGCAGGACUGGCCUGCGGGGUGGCUGUGGGUCGCCGGCUCCUGGCUGCUGCUCCUCGUCCUCGUCCUGCUAUUGCGCCCCCGCGGCUCCCGAGCGCUGCGGGGCCCCAGCCGCCUGCUCAUGGCGCGCAGCCAGCGGCUGCUCUUCCGAAUCGGGUACAGCCUGUACACCCGCACCUGGCUUGGGUACCUCUUCUACCGGCAGCAGCUGCGCAGGGCUCGGAAUCGCUACCCCAAAGGCCACUCCAAAGCCCAGCCCCGCCUCUUCAAUGGAGUGAAGGUGCUUCCCAUCCCCGUCCUCUCGGACAACUACAGCUACCUCAUCAUUGACACCCAGGCCCGGCUGGCUGUGGCUGUGGACCCUUCAGACCCUCGGGCUGUGCAGGCUUCCAUUGAAAAGGAGGGCGUCACCUUGGUUGCCAUUCUCUGCACCCACAAGCACUGGGACCACAGCGGAGGGAACCGCGACCUCAGCCGGCGGCACCGGGACUGUCGGGUGUAUGGGAGCCCUCAGGACGGCAUCCCCUACCUCACCCAUCCCCUGUGUCAUCAAGAUGUGGUCAGCGUGGGACGGCUUCAGAUCCGGGCUCUGGCCACCCCUGGCCACACACAAGGCCAUCUGGUCUACCUACUGGAUGGGGAGCCUUACAAGGGUCCCUCUUGCCUCUUCUCAGGGGACCUGCUCUUCCUCUCUGGCUGUGGACGGACCUUUGAGGGCACCGCAGAGACAAUGCUAAGCUCGCUGGACACUGUGCUGGGGCUGGGGGAUGACACCCUGCUGUGGCCUGGUCACGAGUACGCGGAGGAGAACCUGGGCUUUGCAGGCGUGGUGGAGCCCGAGAACCUGGCCCGGGAGAGGAAGAUGCAGUGGGUGCAGAGGCAGCGGAUGGAGCGCAAAAGCACGUGCCCGUCCACCCUGGGAGAGGAGCGCUCCUACAACCCGUUCCUGAGGACCCACUGCCUGGCACUGCAGGAGGCUCUGGGCCCAGGCCCAGACCCCACUGGGGACGAUGGCUGCUCCCGGGCCCAGCUCCUGGAAGAGCUCCGCCGGCUGAAGGACAUGCACAAGAGCAAGUGAUGCCCCCGCCCAGCCCACCCCCGCCGUGGGGAGGCCACCCAUCGCCUGCACCUCACUGUCCUUCUCAUUGCUAGCUCCACCACCUCCAUCGGCGCCCGCAGUGGGCAUCAUUCCUCCACACUGGUCGGGGGAGGGGAAGGACAAGGCGAUGAGACCUGGAGACAGAGAGGAAAGGGCUGGUCUGAGACUCGGAGACCCCACACGGUGAGGCUGAGCCAUCAAGGACGUGAGGAAAAAGGGCCUGGGGACAUCUCCAGAGCCUACUGACUGGAGGGUCCGGCAGGACAUGGAGCUGCUAUUAGCUCCUCCUUCGGGGACGCCUCAUCCCGCUGUAGCCCGGAACCCUCAGCGCAGCAGGAGCCAUGCCCAGGUUGAGUCUACUCUCCUCCUCCCCCAUCCAGGAUUGGGGAAGAAACUCGGCCCCUCGGAGAGCCAAAGGUGUGGUGCCUUGGAAAAGUGGGCUCUCCGAGGUACGACCAGACUAGUUUCCUGAGACUCUGCCCUCCUCCCCACGCCUCCCUGCCCCCGCCCCACCCCACCCCUGCGAAGGCAUUUUUCAGACUGAGCCAUUCCUAAGAACACUGAAAGGGCUGGAAGUCUGGCUGUCUGGCCAAUCUCUGCUUCAGUGCCCCCCUCCAGCCUGGAAGAGGGAAGGUCCUGCUUGCCAAGGAAAUCUCCACUCUAGGCUGAGGAGAUACCAGAGCUGGGAUGUGGAGCCCAACAGUCUUGCAGGUCACACGCUUUCCCUGUACAUCUGGCCUGGUCCUGCCCAUAGGCCUCUGCGCCUGUCCUUGGCCCACAGGGCCACCCCCUCCCAGGGGAGAGAGAGCCAUGGUCUGCCACAGUCUGCCCUGGCCGCUGCAGUUUUCUCACUUUGGCCCUUGUUCUCAGCCCUUCUGCCUGCAUUCUUCUCUAUAGCUUGCUCUCUUCUGCUUUAUCCUAAGCCUCUUUCUUCUUUGAGUUAGCAAGAUUUAUAAUACGUUGUAACCCUGAUACUCAUGUGGCCUUUUGCAGUUUGCCGAGAACAUUCCCAUGUGAUUUCCCAUUUGGUCCUCAGCCCCAUCCUGGCUGGGAGGAGGGGCUCUGUGCAGCAGAGUGCGGGGAUCAGCGGUCUGCCAGCAGACGCUCACACGUGGCUGCUCUGGGGCUCCAGGCCUGGGGCCUUCCCGUCUGCUUACCCUGCCUCCAGCUCUGCUUCUCCUCUAGUCUUGGGUCCAGGUCCCUUGGGGGCCACAGUGAGGAACCCUACGGUCCUCAAGCAGGCGCACCAUGGCUCAGCCAGGAGCCUUCUCUUCCCAUGUGGAACCAGCAUUUCCUCGGGCUCUGCUUGCCUCUGGUUCCCUCCAAGAUGCCCCCUGCCUUCAGUUUCCCUCGUCAUCUGGCCUCUGCCACCCUCUCCAGCCACGGCCUCUGGUACACUCUAGCAAUACCACCAGACUAGUAGAGUCUCCCACCCCACAAGCCUUGCAGUUUCAUGCCUCUGUGCCUUCACUCAUGCUGUUUCUUUAGACUGGAAUGUCUUCCCCUGCUCCUGCCUUGUCUGCCUGGCAAACACCUGUUCAUUUCUCAUGAUGCCCUCAAAGGGCCCCUCCUCCAGGAAGGCAACCCCCCUGCCCCUCCCCUCAAAGUGCUACCUCUGCACUUUGUAAAUGCUUCUCAUGUGGCACUUAAUACACUGUAUUUUACUUGUUUACAUGUUUGUCUCCCCUUCUAGACUGUGAAUCCUUAAGGGCAUGGACUGUAUCUUAUGCAUCUCUGUAUUUCUGCGCCUAGCACGGUGCCUGGCACAUAGUAGGCGCUCAAUAAAUGUUGAAUGAAUGAAUGAUUUAA